AUGGAUUCAAAUCCAGAAGACUCGAACAUGAAUGAAGAUCCUGAUAUUGAUAUGGAUGAUGAGUUAGAGGUGACAGAGGAUGAAGCUGAGACUCCUACGCCUACUUCUGCAAGUAAAGGGAAAGGGAAAAAGAAGGUUACUGCUAAGGGAAAAAAAAGAACAAGAUCAUUUGUUUGGGACCACUACACAAGAACGAAGGCGAACUAUGACAAGUCAAAGAAUUCGAAUCAAGAGCAACUAGAUCCUGAUGGUAUGAAGCUUUGUAGAGUAUCUGAUGCUGUGGUGAGAGAGGCUACGAAUGAGAUGAUAGUGAUAGGUGAGUUGCCUCUUUCGUUCGUGGAAUGCUUGGCUUGGAGGCAUUUUUGCAACAUAGUGAAAUUGUGCAAGCCUGUAUCUCGGAGAACAUCUACAAGGGACAUCUACGAGAUGCUUGUGAGGAAGAAGACACUGAUGAAGAAGGUGCUUGGCGAUCGCAAGCAGAGAUUGUCCCUGACCACUGAUAUAUGGACAGCUCCCACCACCAACUCUAGCUACAUGGUAAUCACUGCCCACUUCAUUGACCGAGAUUGGCAGUUGAAGCAUUUGAUCAUCGGAUUCAAGCAUGUUUGUGAUCACAAAGGAAAAAAAAUUUAUGCUGCUCUUAUAGAUUGUUUAGCUGAUUGGGAGAUCAAGAAAGUCUUUUGCAUCACAGUUGACAAUGCAACAGCCAACUCCUCUGCCAUUGGAAGAUUUAAGCAACAAUUUACUCAAGUUGGAGCAGAUUCUCUGGUUCUCGGUGGUGAGUACUUACACGUACGGUGUAGUACUCACAUUAUCAAUCUCAUAGUGAGAGAUGGACUGCACGAUCUGGACAAGCAUGUCUGUGCCAUUCGGAAUGGUGUGGGCUUUGUGAGGUCUUCAACACCAAGGCAGAUGUCUUUUGAGCUGCGGGUUGACACUGCAAAGAUGACAAGGGGGAGUCUGUCUCUCGAUUGCAAGACCAGGUGGAACUCGACAUAUCUAAUGUUGAGUAGGGCUAUGGACUUCAGGCUUGCAUUUGAGAAGAUGGUUGCUGAGGACAAGCUGUAUAAUGACUACUUUAAAGAGAGAGUGGAUGGGACGAAGAGGAUUGGACCUCCUGUUCAAGAAGAUUGGGACGAGAUAGACAGGUUUCUAAACUUCCUCAUCAUCUUCUACAAUGCUACGUUAGUGCUUUCUGCUACUAAUUCACCUCGUGCACAUAAGUGUUAUAAUGAGAUAUUGACCAUAGAAAGAAACUUAGUCUUAUUGACCCUUGAUCCUGAUACUGAGUUGAAGGAGAAAGCCGAUGAUAUGAUGUCUAAGUUAGGGAAGUAUUGGAAUCCAUUUGGGUUUGAAACAGAAAUGAAUAGGAUGUUGAUAGUGGCUAGUGUGUUCGACCCAAGGAACAAAAUGAAGUUUGCUAAGCUUUGUUUUGAGAAGCUAUAUGGACCAGAUAGUAUGGUUGCUAAUGAAAUGUAUGAUUCGGUCAUGGAAAUUCUGAAGAUGUUGUUUGAAGAGUAUAAUGGUAAGAUUGGUAGUUCCUUGAACAGAACCUCAAAUGCAUCAACUUCUGCUACUUCUGAUCCGACACAAGCAAGUGGAUCAUCAUCUCAGCCUCGGUCUCAAGAGUUAGGUAGAAGCAGAAACCGCAGAAUGGAAUUAGCUGGUCGAACACGUUAUGAGAGAAUGGAUCUGGUUUACAUGGAGCUGGUGCAAGAAACCGGAUUUCAAGAAGUUUCUACUGAGCUUGAGUUGUAUCUGUCCGAGAAUGUGGAAAAUCCACACAUUUUCGAAGGAACAGAGUAUGAUGUUCUAUCAUGGUGGAAAAGCAAUGGCUGA